GAGGUCGGGGGGGCGGGGCGCAGCUGAGGGGCCGAGGCGGCUGGGCUGGGCUGGGCUGGGAGGUUCGUCUAUCCUCUGCCGGCGUAGAGUCGGCAUUUUCUCCUUUCGCUCUAUCUGCAGGCCCCGCACCGUCGCCGGGUCCUCUUUCGGGCGGGCGAGCCGGCGUCUGGGCUCUCGAGCGAGACCGAGGGGAAGAGCCGGGGCUCGGGGGAGGAGGCGGAGGAGGAGCCGUGUGCCGGGGGCACGGAGCGGCCGCGGCCAUGGCGUACGCCUAUCUCUUCAAGUACAUCAUCAUCGGCGACACAGGUGUUGGGAAAUCAUGUUUAUUGCUACAGUUUACAGACAAGAGGUUUCAGCCAGUACAUGAUCUUACUAUUGGUGUAGAAUUUGGUGCUCGAAUGAUAACUAUUGAUGGAAAACAGAUAAAACUUCAGAUAUGGGAUACAGCGGGGCAGGAGUCCUUCCGUUCCAUCACAAGGUCAUAUUACAGAGGUGCAGCAGGAGCUUUGCUAGUAUAUGAUAUUACAAGGAGAGAUACAUUCAACCAUUUGACAACUUGGUUAGAAGAUGCUCGCCAGCAUUCCAAUUCCAACAUGGUCAUUAUGCUUAUUGGGAAUAAAAGUGAUUUAGAAUCUAGAAGAGAAGUAAAAAAAGAAGAAGGUGAAGCUUUUGCCCGAGAACAUGGACUUAUCUUUAUGGAAACUUCUGCUAAGACUGCUUCCAAUGUAGAAGAGGCAUUUAUUAAUACAGCGAAAGAAAUUUAUGAAAAAAUCCAAGAAGGAGUUUUUGACAUUAAUAAUGAGGCAAAUGGCAUUAAAAUCGGUCCUCAGCAUGCCGCUACUAAUGCAACACACGCUGGCAGUCAGGGAGGACAACAAGCUGGUGGAGGCUGCUGUUGAGCCUAUUUUUACUUUCUAACUGCCUGAAUGGGGCCUACUAACUUGUUCUUUCACCCUAUCUCCCACUGCUCAGCUGAGACAUGAAACUAUUGUGAAAUGGCUUUAUGUCACAGAAGACUUUAUCCUUCAAAUUCUUGUAUAACUUUGAAUAAAUGGUUAAUGUUCACUUAAAAGACAGAUUUUGGAGAUUGUAUUCAUAUAUAUUUGCAUUUGAUUUCUAGUUCAAUUGAUGUGAUUAUUUUUGUUAAAUGUUGUCUUGUGCCCUUGACUACAAACUGAAUUGUAUUAAACACUACAAAAGUCAUUGGAGUAUUUUAAAUCAGUUUGUGUAGUUAGGUUUCCCAAGCACCUCUGGUUACCUAUUGUUUAAUAUUGUAAAACUGUCCUCAAAAAGUUUAAUUUUCAAGGCUAUAAAGAAAAACAGAAGGUCGCUUUUAAUUCUGUAUUUAUCAUUUACUUUCUGUAUAUAUAGUUUAAUAACCUGCUUGGGUGUAUUUGCCAAGCUAGAAUUCUUUGAUGCAUUUGCAUAAAGUCUAUACUGUUUAGAGCUUGAAGGUGAUGACUACAGAAGCAUUGUUAGGAAUUGCUUGGACCCAGAAUUUUAAACCUUUUUGACAUUGUUAGCAUGUUCAUCUUUUUCUCGUUACUAUCCAAGUCCAAGAAGAAUGCUUGAUGUAUAUUACUAAAAGCUAUAUAUAUAUACAUAUAUAUAUAUAAAUAUAUGUUAACCUCUUUUAAUGCCAAAUGUUUGCUGUUUGAACACAAUUUCCAUUACACUUCUUCAGAAAUGCAUUAGUUGUUUGCCUUAAUGAGUACUGUAGAUAAAAUCACAGUAUGAGUACAAAAAUAAAAGAGGAAUUAAUAUGUGUCAAAAUAGCACCGCAAAGAAUUAAUAUCCAGAUUCAGUGACACAUUAUGAGGACUUCAAUCUUUUUUCUGAAACAUAAUAAUGUUUUUGUUUUUCGUUUGUUGACAUGAUUUCUAAGUACAUUUUUCAUGCAGGACAGUUUUCCAGCCUAGAUGUACAGUGAAUGUGUAAAGUUUUUCUUUUAGUGGCAACCUGUAAUCUUUGAUAUAUGGUAAGCAUCUUGUCUGUUUUCAAAGGGGGCAUGACAAUAAAUCUGCCAGAUGAAAAAUCCUGAUAAAAAUACAGAAGCGGAAGAGCUUUGGUAAUUGGUUAAACUUACAGUAGUUUUAUCUUUUUUCCUUUCUCUUUCCCUUGGCCUAUAAUGAAAUUGUUUUAGCAAUGCAAAAUAAAAUCCUAUGUAUAAAAGUAUUCUUUUCUUAUUAUACCACAUCUUUUUUAAAUUACACGUGGUUUUGAAAAUCCAUUACCAUUUUCCACAAGUAUUUGGAUAGGCAAAAAUAUCAGAGUACUCAUCGACUUCAAAUUGGAUUUAUGUUCUCUGCUAACAAGUGUACUCUAAAAUCAUUAAUAUCUACUUUCCAUUUCCCAUUUUAGCAUUUUGAGAAUUGAUGUGGAGGAGGAACAACUUUUAUAUUUAUAAUUUAUCAACAGUUUAGCUUUUUAAAUUAGACAUUUUGAGUUUUUGUCGUUUGUUUUUUUAAGUGCAAGUUUAUACCUUUCAGGCACAAAGCAGCAGAAAGUAGUUUUGCCUGAAAGAGGGUAGAAGUUAUUUUGAUUGCAUUCACAGACACUUACACAUACUGAUCUGACCUGAAGAUAUAUUCAAUUGGGCAAUAAUUCUUGUGGGAAAUGGCCUGAAGUUAUGUCAUUAAUUUUAUUUUAACCAGCUCUCAAAAAUAAAGAACAAAGCAUAGUGAUUUCAUGUAAAUUGUCAUUAAAUGUUUCACCCAUGUGUCUGUCACCAGGCUAAUGUGAACUUUUAAUUUAAAACAUAUAUCUAGAUUAUCUAUUGAUGUUAUAACAUUAUGUCCAAUACUGGUCUGAGAAGAUGCUGUGUGGUCAUAGGCAAAACACUUUGCCUUUCUGGGCCUGGUUCCUCAUCUGCAUAAUGGAGAUGUCAGAUCAUAAAUCUCGAAAAUCUCUUACAGCUUUAGAAUGAGGCGAUUCUAAUUGAUACCCUGAUGACAUAUCUAUAAAUAGUCCACUAAGACAACAUCUCUGCCCACUUUCUGUUGUAGAGUAUGAAGAUUUUGUGCAAGUGUUAGUUUCUGGGCUAUUAGAUGCAUAGUUUGGUAUGCUGCUUCUUGCCCUAUUAUAGAGUAAGGAGAGGAAAGAAAGGUAAAGGACCAUUUUGUAAGUCAGAACUCAAAUUCAGGAAGUCUGCCUGCGUCUGCCGACCUCAAUCUUCCCUUAUUUUGUGGCAGAAACUGAUGUGCCUAGAAAUAUAUGCCUAAUGAUAAUAAGAGCUCCCAUUUAUAGUGCUCUUUAACAUUUAUGAAGUGUUUUCUAUAUAUGAAAGCCCUGUGACUUGGGCUCCAAAGGUAUCAUUCUUUCCAUUUUACUGAUGAGAUGACAGGCUCAGAAACAUGGUCACUUGCCCAUGAAAAUAAAGUAAUUCUCAAAACAAGGAUUUGAUCCUCCUAGGUGUCCUGAUUCUGAAUGAGGCUGUAGAGUCUUAUGCAUAUAGUCUUUCCACUGCACUACUGCUGCUAUUUAGCUCUUUAUAGUUUGUUACUAGUGCAAAAAGCCUUGGUUUAUGCAUAAUCUCAGUCAAAUAAUGCACAUUAUUAGCCUCCUUUACCUAAAUGAGUAGAUGUAAUGAAAUACGGUUUUGAUUCAUGAAAUACAAACUCUUACUGUCUUAAGUUUCUAGAAUAUUUGAUUCUUUUGCGCCACUAUCAUACAAGUACUUUUUUGUAAUGAUGGCAGUUGUCACUUAGUCUUUCUACACUCUGGUGCAAUUAUUUCAUUUAUUCAGUAUAUGGUGGAAAGUUACUUAAAAUUUUGGAAAGUUGUUAUACAGGCUCCAAAGCAGUUUAAUACAUUUAUAACAGUAUCUCAACAUGUUGCAAGUUUUCUCUCUAAGGCUCCCUAUGUGCUAUUCUAACAAAUUUGGAAGUUCUUAUGAAUUUAUAGCUCUGAGCAGCUACAGUAUUUUAGCUAUCUAAAACUUGAUUCAGUAGAAAGCUAUUUGCAUAAGGGCAGCUGCUUCUCUAGCCAUGCAUUACAAACUAGGGGGGAAAAUUUAUGAAAUGGCCUUUUUACACACAAUUGCUUUUGAGAAUAAUUUUGAAAUUACCUGUUCAAUUGGAGAAUACAGUCUAUUUCUAUUUGUCUGCUCUCAUGGGGGGAGUGUGGGGGGAGAUGGAGAACACAAAUAAUCCCAAACCCAUCUCACUUCUAGCUCUGUUGUGAUUUGCAGUUUGGGAUCUAGCUGAGGAGAUAAGGGAAAUAAGGCUAUGGACGACGACCUAUCAAAGUAGAGUUGACUGUAUUAGUCAAAACUAAUGUUUCAACACUUGUUGGGGUCAGAGGGAGUCUCUACUCCCACAUUUCUCAUGGAAAAAAUUUAUUCCGUGUACUUGGGCUGGAUUCUCCAAAUUACUGUUGUCACUUUUCUAGAAGUAUGGGUCUGUAAAAUAUAACAUUGUACCUGAUUAUGGAAAUUAUAUAAAAAUUAGUUUAACCCCUUGAAA